AUUAGUUGUCGUUGCCUCGCUAGCCUGACAAUAAACGGUCUCUGCCAGGAAGGGAAUCGACACUAAGCUCCUUUGGGGAGUCCCGUGCUGUUACUGCAUGUACGUACGUUACCGUUAUGCCUGUAAGUAUGUAUGUUCUGCGGUCUGCCGCUUCCCUCUGGAUUACUCACUACUUCCAAAUAGGCAACUGAAAGGACUUAAGGUUCUCUCCAUCUCCACCUUGACAGCCUGGUUUUCCGUUUGGGUUUAUUGUGGCUGCCAUCAGCAUCCUGAUCAGUUGUCACUUGUCAGUCCUGACUCGCUCGGUGGUUCAUGGCUCUCAACCGAUAAGACGACCCAUAAGAUGUCAGUUAAGAUCCACCUGGAGUGAGCAUGGUUCAGGUCACGUUUGCUUUGUAACCAGGUGCGUAUGCACGCUCAGGCAUAAUAGACAGACGGUUUGGCCGAUUCAGU